GGGGCGCGGUGGAGGGCGUAGCCUCACUGUAAGCAAAUUAAAAAGAACAGUGUUGACAAAGUCACUUUUACUUGUGAGUGGGUUAGUGACUUUGUUAUAAUUCCUGUCCAGCUUUUACUUGAAAUUAAAACAAAAUAUGAAAUAAAAUAAAUAGAAAAGUUGGAAUUUACUUUACUGUGUGAAGAAAAGAAGUGGAGCUUUGACGUCCACCUUGAAAGUCUCAUCUGCUGCGCUGCGUUUGCCAGCACCUGGAGUCAUGACACGGAGGUCCUACACGCUCUACGUCUUGGGGAGCAUCUCCGGAACCCUGCUGGUCGUUGGGAUUGGCCUCCUCGUGGGCAGAGUCUUUCACAAGUUAAUGGAAAACCGACUGAAGAAGGAGAUUGUGUUAGUGGAGGGCAGCCGUGUGUUUGACUCAUGGAAAAAUUCUCCUGCCCCUGUUUUCAUGGAGUUCUUCUUCUUUAAUUUGACCAAUGCUGAAGAUUGCCUCACUGGUGCCAAACCAGAAGUCACACAGAUCGGACCCUACACAUACAGGGAAUACAGAUAUAAAGACAAUGUGACCAUGGUGGAAAAUGGCACAAUGGUGUCUGCAUACACCAUAAAGAAAUUUGUGUUCCUGAGAGAGAAAUCAGUGGGUGACCCAACGGUGGAUAACAUCACCACUGUCAAUAUUCCUUGUUGGGCUGUAAUGGAAAAGAUGAAGGGCAGCUGGUACAGGACUAUAGUUUCCAUGUUUAUGAAAAAUCUUGGAGGUGGUGUCUUUACCUCUCGCACAGUUCAUGAAUUGCUUUGGGGCUAUGAAGAUGCUGUGCUAGAAAAGGCUGCAUCCUACAGUCCUGGUUUGGAUAAGGAGUUCGGCCUCAUGUACAUGAAAAAUGGCAGUGAUAGUGGGGAAUUCAUUUACCACACCGGAGAGCAGAACUACUUGGAUUAUGGCCGGGUUAAAACAUGGAAAGGUCAAAGCAAGCUGACUUUCUGGACAAGUGAUGAAAGUAACCGUAUUAAAGGAUCAGAUGGAAGUAGCUUCCACCCUUUUCUUACGAAGGAUGAACGCCUUUAUAUCUUCACUCCAGACCUCUGCAGGUCAAUCUACAUGGACUUUGAGAAGGAGGUUGAGGUAAAAGGAAUCCCGGCGUACCGCUUCACCCCACCGCGCUCCGUCUUUGCCAGCAAGGAGGAGAACGCAGACAAUAAAGGUUUCUGCGUCUCUGAGAAGGAGUGCCUGGGAACUGGGGUCCUCAAACUCAGCCCGUGUCGUAAAGGUGCCCCCGUGGUCGCCUCUUUUCCUCACUUCUAUCUGGCAGACGAAAAAUAUGUCGAUGGCAUUAAAGGAAUGUCUCCUAACAGGGAGCAUCACCAGACCUUUUUAGACCUCAACCCGACCACAGGAGUGGUUGUGCGCGCGAGUAAAAGAACACAGGUUAACAUCUUGAUGAACAGAAUCACUGGAUUCCCGCAAACAAGAAACCUGAAUGAGACGGUCUUUCCUGUUACGUUCAUCAAUGAGAGUGUGGUGAUCGAUGAUGCAUCUGCAGCCAAACUUAAGAAGCUGCUGGUCAUUUCUGAAGUGGUGUCCAACUUUGCACUUUUUAUCGUGGGACUAGGAGGCAUCAUGCACGUCAUUCUGAUUGUCCUUCUGGUUCGGGCCCAUCAAAAGAAGCAGUCUUCCACUCAAGAAGUCACAUCCUACUGUCCCGUCAGUGUCAAAGAAAAAGAAGAUCCCCAAAAUGGAACCUACAUUGAUUUGACAAAAAAAGUGGACGCCUGAAGUUGAGGAAGAGGAGCGACUCUGGGUGGAGUUCUGAAUUGGGUAUUUAAAGUUUCACAGAUGUUGCAUUACCUGCUGUUAGUGAAAGAUGUGAAAAGACAUGACAUGUGUCCUUAACAGGCUUCCACUAACUGAUAGACGAUAAUAAUGCAAUAAUCCACGUGUAUGUACAGACUGUUGAGAUGCUUGUUGUGUUAUUUUCUGUUCAUACAUACUAAAAUUCACCAUGCACAAUAAUUAGAUUGAGCGCUAAUCAAUGUUUUUUUUUUUUUAAGGAAAUGCAUUAUUUUGUUACAUUGAUGAAACCAAAACAGAAGAUUCUGACAUGUUUAGGACUGGAUUUCUUUAAUGUCACAUUUCAAUCAACAUUGUCAUUUUUUUUUUGCUGUUACUGUAACCACCAAGUAUAUUGACUGUUCACCUGUUUUAAAUGUUAUUUUUGAUCUCCACAGAAAUAAAAGCAGCUUGAGUUGAUCUGUGU